AUGAAUGAGAGGGAUAUUCCAAGUGUCCCUAUUACAACAUUAGCAGGUGUAGCCAGUUUGACAGACUUACUACCGGUACUGCCUCUUCCAACACCACUACCAUCAACAUUGAAUAAUAAAUCUCAAUUAUUUCACCCCCGCGUUGCCGAAGAAGCAGCUAUACUUCUUGCAACUAGAGAUGACAACUUAGUUUCAUUAUUGUUGCAAUCCCUCAUGCAAACAUCUGUUCAACACAUUGACUUAAAGGAUGAAAGCAUUCCAAAUGCUGUUAGUCCUGCUCCUCAACAGGCUACACCUGAACUAUUAAAGGCAAUUUUAAAUGUCAAUCCCAAUAUAUUUGACCAACGAAAUGAGCAAAGAAAUCAUUGGGGCAACCAUUUACAUGCUGCAAAGUUUAAUGGGAUGUCACCAUCGUCAACAUUCAACUAUUCAUCACACAGUACAGUCCAGUCAAGCCCAUCUCCACAUGGAACUGCUGUUCAUUCAGCACCUAUUCCAAAUCAACAGUUAUUAGCUCCUCCCUGCCAGUCAUCACCACAUGUAAACAUGGGCUCUCCACCUUCCCAAGCACGCCCGGGCCAUCAAUUGAAUAUUACAGCUCAAAAUAAUGUAUCACCCCCUUGGAAUAGUACAAAUCAAUCAAACACUUAUACAAGUGCACUUUCAAAUACAUCUUGUCCAAAUGCCCAAAAUGGCGGUUUUUACAACUUUGCUACCAACUUAAAUGAAGAAAAAGAUCCAUUGUCCAUGUCACCUGGUAAUCUGCAAGAUCAGCAGAGAAUUCUGUUACCCACUCAUGAGAAACCAUUUGAACAAGAUGGUAAUGUAAUGACUGGUCAAUCCCCAGCCCAAGCUAGUGUAGCACCAUCACCUUUACGACAGGAACCACAAGUGCCUCAGACAUCAAUGGGUGCACCUUAUGCUCCACAGCAACAAUCACAAAGUAUACAGGAGUCUUCUACUAAAUCUAAUGUAAUUAAUAAUAAAUAUCCUGUAGUGAAAAUUGGCCGUCUAUCAGAGGGUAUUUUAAAAAAGCAUGAUUUUUCCCAUGAUGAAAGAUCGAGAAAAAACAGUGCAAUAGAAUCAGACUCUGAUGAUAAUCUGCCACUUAAAGCAAAAUCUGCUGUUUCUACUCCCACAAUAGACAAAGAGAGAGAAGCGAUAGACAUAGCUAGAGAGAAAAAUUGGGAAGCUGUGAAAAGGAAACACGAAGAAGCCAGUAAGAAGGAGGAAGCUGAAGCUGCAAUUGUUCGACCAAAACUUCGAAAAGUAGAAAAACGGCUGGUCCCUGUGUUAGAAAUGCUAUCAGUGGAUGAACUCAUGGAGACAAACACUUAUCAAAGGUUCAGCAAAUUGAUAGAUGCCGUUUUUGAAACCAUUGAUGAUGAUGUUAUAAUAACAGAUGAAAUGGAAGGAACAGACAUUCCUGAAGAUUUGCUUUUACCUCGCUAUCAACUCCAGGAGUUGUGCUCUGAAGCAGCAAAAUUAAAAAAUCUCGGUGCUAUGGAAGCCAUUCCCGCUGAUAGACUAGUUAGGUUGCUCAGUAUUUUGGAAAAAAAUAUCAGGGCUGCGGAGAAAAUGUCCUUAUUAGGGGACCCCGAAGACAGUGAAGAAAUGCGGCAAAUAUGGAUUGAAUCAGCUUUAGAGAGAGUUAUGUGUGCUUCUGAUGCCUGCCUUACUUCUUUAUACAUAAUGACCUCUCCCAGUAUGCCCAAAAGGAUAUUCUUAGAAGAUGUUAUAGAUAGAAUUAUAUUAUUUAUAAAGUUUCAACUUAACAAUACAAUAUAUUGUGUCUACGAUCCAGUGUACAGUAUUCAGUCUACAUACAAAAAGAAAGUCGACGGACGCAAGCGCCGCGGUGGCGGUGCUGCGAACGCGACGCGCCGCAGCGGCACCGGCAGCGGCUCGAACCGCGCCGUCCGCGAGCUAUACUCGCACGCGCACGAGUGCGUCACGCUGCUCGCCGAGCUGUUCGCCGCGCACCACCUCACGGACACUACGGUGCUGCACGCGUCCACGGUGGGCGUGUCGCCGUUCUUCGUCGAGAACAUAAGCGAGCUGCAACUGUCUGCCCUGAAGCUGGUGACUACGAUUUUCUCGAAAUACGAACAACAUAGAAGACUACUUCUCGAAGAUAUAUUGGCUUCAAUAGCCCGCAUACCGAGCUCUAAACACAACCUGCGCUCAUUCCAAUUGAGCUCUGAUCAGCACAUACAGAUGCUUACCGCUCUGGUCCUCCAGCUUGUCCAAUGUGUUGUAACUUUACCGGAAUCAAUGUGUAAAACGCAGGAAAAGGAAAAAGAGCACACCGAUUCCGACAAAAAACAUGUUGAUAAAGAUCUCCUUAUCAUAUCUAAGUACGAAGCUGCAAUCAGCGUAGGUGGUACAUUUCUCACAUCGUUCCUGAACAAAUGUAGGAGUCGUUCCGAGGAGGUGGAUUUCAGGCCUUUGUUUGAAAAUUUUGUGCAUGACCUCCUCACUACUGUUAAUAAACCCGAGUGGCCUGCCACUGAACUCUUACUUAGUCUACUUGGAACAAUGUUGGUGAAGUAUAUGUCGGACAAGUCGAUGGAGAUGUCGGUGCGGGUGGCGUCGCUGGAGUACCUCGGCCUGGUGGCGGCGCGGCUGAGGCGCGACAGCGUGCACUCGCGCGCCAAGCUCACCACCAUGGACGCGGUGGUGCGCGACAUCCGCGCCGAGGAGGAGAAGGACUCGGGCCAGUCGCAGACCGCUACAUCAGGGCUGGACGAAGAUGAAGAGCGAACGGAGUUCCUACAGCGAGUGCUGUUGGAUUAUCUAGCUAUAAACGGGCAGAAGGAUCAAGCGUGGAAUUGCGCAAGACAUUUCUACAUCACGCAGUGGUACAGGGACAUGGUCGUACAGCCGAAGGCAUCGCCCACGAAGAGGCCGAAGCACAAAUCGAAGAAGCGCUACAAGGACGAGACCAGCGACGAGGAAUCUGAAGCCGACGACGACAGCGACAGCGGCAUAAAGGAUACCAAGUCGGAAAAGAAGCACGCGUCUAGCGCUGUCAUGUCCGCCGAGAAGUUCAAGACGAUAGAGCGGCGGAAGCAUUUCUUCCUCGAUAAGAUAAGGCCGUUCAGGUACCAGGGCGGGACUCAGGUGCAGGUGAUGCAGUCGUACAUCGACUACGGCGGCGCCGAGCUGAUAUCCCAAUAUCUCGCCUCAAAGAGGUCGUUCUCGCAGAGCUUCGACAGGUACCUGAGGAAGAUUCUAGUUAUACUCUGCGAAAACACCAUAGCCAUUCGUACCAAGGCAAUGAAGUGUUUGACUAUGAUAGUGGAGGCGGAUCCGUCGGUUUUGGCUCGGCCCGAUAUGCAAAUCGGCGUGAACCGCUCGUUCCUGGACCAGUCCACUGCGGUGCGCGAGGCAGCCGUAGAUCUAGUCGGCAAGUUCGUGCUCAGUCGGCCCGAUCUCAUCGACAAGUACUACGGAAUGCUAUCCAAUCGAAUUUUGGACACGGGCGUGUCCGUGCGGAAGCGCGUGAUAAAGAUACUCAAGGACAUCUGCAUCGAGUGCCCGGAAUUCCCGAAGAUCCCCGAGAUAUGCGUGAAGAUGAUCCGGCGCGUGAACGACGAGGAGGGCAUCAGGAAGCUGGUGAUGGAGGUGUUCCAGAACAUGUGGUUCAGCCCGUGCCCGAACACGUCGCGGCCGGGCGCGCUGGACACGGCUGCCGCCGCCGCGGACCCGCUCACCCGCAAGGUGCUCAACAUCACGGACGUCGUCAUCUCAUCGCGCGACAUGGGCCUGGAGUGGUUCCAACAGCUCUUGACCAGCUUGUUCAAGCCCAAGGAGGACAAGGAUGAUUCAACGAAAAUAAUUUAUCAGCCGCCUAAAUCACUUCUGGUUGCAUGUCAACAAAUAGUAGAUUGCCUUAUAGAAAAUUUACUUCAAUUAGAAGAAACAACGACUGAAGGUACCGUAUCAUCACAGCGUAUUUUGGCGUGCCUAUCAACGUUGCAUUUAUUUGCAAAAAUUAGACCUCAACUCUUAGUUAAUCAUGCAUUAACAUUGCAACCAUACCUCAGUUUAAAAUGUCAGAAUCAAUAUGAACAGCAGAUAAUGUCAACAGUAGCGUCAACAUUGGAACUCGUAGUGCCGUUAAUGGAGCAUCCAAGCGAAGUAUUCUUGGCGCAGUUGGAGGAAGACGCCGUCAAGCUUAUCCUUCAGCGCGGCCAGCUCGUGAUAGCGGCCUGCAUCGCGUGCCUGGCCGCUAUCGUUAACAAUCUCACGCACAAUUAUAAGCUUAUAAGAGACGUCUUUAACAAAUAUCAUGGUGUAUUACUUCAGUGGAAGCACAGUUGGCAGCGCAAUCCCGAGCUGACGCGGUCAUUGCCCUCGCGGCCGUACUUCCGGCGUGCACUAUUCAUCGUGGGCCUACUGCUGCGAUACUUUGAUUUCACAGAUAACAAAGUUAUUGAAGGCCUCUCGAGUGAUAUAAAAGAACAAGUUUUCACCACAUUGAUGUUCUUUGUGAGCUUGGACGACGAAGAUUUCGUAUCACAUACUCUGAAAGCCCUCGGAUCGGUGUGUGUGCGACACUACGAGUUCAUGUUGCGACCUGAACUUAAAGAGUUCUAUCAUCAACUACUCACCUCCGAACUGGCGCCGAUAGAGAUGAAGGCGGACGUACUCAGGAACAUUGAGAUGUAUCUUCAGGAAGAGGAACAAAGGAUGAUCAGACAGGAUAAAGAAUGGUCGAAACGAUCAAAACAUGAGAAUCUUAAGGAAAUGGGUGACGUGUCAUCAGGUAUGGCAUCGACAGUGAUUCAAUUGUACCUAAAAGAAAUAUUAGGUGCAUUUCUACAUACAAGUACUGUUGUACGGUCCAGUGCAAUGAAGGUUGUACAGUUAGUUUUGGCGCAAGGUCUCGUGCAUCCGGUACAGAUUGUACCAUAUUUGAUUUGCAUGAGCACUGACAUUGAGGUGACCGUUUCCCACACUGCCGACAAAAAUCUUCAGGACAUUGACAAAAAGUAUCCAGGAUUCAUUCAUAUGAAAGCACAGCUAGGAAUCAAAUUAUCUUACCAACUUCAGAAGAUUUUACAAAACAAUUUAGAUAAAGGAAUUAUACGAGGAUUUAGGAAAAAAGACCAAGAUGAUCUUCCAACAUCCUUAAAUGGUUUUUUAUAUUCUCUAUUACGGAACACGAGGCCUCAGCGACGUGCUUUAGUAUUGUCACUACUGAAACAAUUCGACGAUGUCUCGACUGCACCUCUAGAUCAAAUGUUGUACCUGGCAGAUAAUUUAAGUUAUUUUCCAUAUCAAGUUCAAGACGAACCACUUUUUAUAAUUCAUCAUAUAGAUAUUAUCAUUUCAACAUCUGGAUCGAAUUUACUGCAACUUUUUCGAGAGGGACUGACGAAGCCGAGCGCGGAGCAGGAGAAGGAGCCACUGGACGAGGAGGAAGAUGAGGAGGAGGCGGACGCUCUGCUGCUGCGGCUGCCGCACAACACGAGGCCGCUGCGCGACGCGAUGCGGCAGGCGCGCGGCUGUCUGCUGCUGCUUGUGCUUAAACAGCACCUCAAGCAGCUCUACGGCUUCACCGAUGCAAAAAUCAACCAGUAUUCGCCCUCGGAAAGUGUGAAAAUGUACGAGAAAGCAGUGUCUCGGCGGCACGCGCCGCUCUUCGAGCCCAAGGCGACGAUCGCGCAACUCGGUGACGCCAAUGACGCCGACGCUGACAACGAGGAGCUUGACGAUCAGGGCAGGCGGAGACUUGUCGACGAUUACCUGGAGUUCAAGCAAAUGAUGCUGAAGUUCGACCCCGAGGAGGAGGAGGAGGAGGAGACAGGAGCGGGCGGCGCGGCGCAGGUGGGCGCGGGAGCGGGAGCGGGGGCGGGAGCGGCGGUGGCGGCGGGUGCGGGCGAGCCGGCGGGGACGAGGCCCGCGCCCGCCGCGCCUCCGCCCGCCACC